AUGUUUCUCUCACGCUGGUUACAUUCUCGACCUCUAGGCUUCUUGCCACAGAGUCAGUCGGCUAGACUCAAGAACCGGACGCUUGCUCACCGCAUUUGGCUUUUGGAGAGCCGAAAACAGGCUUCUGACGAGUUAAAUCUGUCAUCAGUCAACUCUUUGUCCUCAAACCCUACCUCACAUUCCGCUUUGACCACACCCCAAGCCUGGGUGACGAGUCUCAGAUUCCGACUUUCUCGAAUGCCCACUAACGAGGAUCUGAUUGCAGCAAGUGUUAGAAUACGAUACCAUCCAACCAGAGUCAAAAGAAAAGCUGAAGAGAAUUGCAAAAUGAAUCUAGAAGAGUUUCCAGCCGAGUGGAUUCCACCUUUGCGACUCGAGCUCAAGCCGACUUGGUGGUUCGACGAGGCAGAAAAACGGGGACACAUGGAGCUGAAAGAGGAGUAUGAAGAGAUGACACCUUCUGAGGAGAGCUGGAAAGCGACUACCUUCGAGGCGGAUAUGACUGAACCACUCGAGGGUGAAUCGAGUCACCUCACCUCGGGAUGGUUCAGCCUACCACUUCCUGCAGGUCUUCUUCGCCAUUUGACCCGAGCCAGUCGUUCCGGAAAGACGGGCCGUCGCGUCGGUCUUCUACGCCUUCAGCUGGUCGUUCGCGCUUCCAAUGUUUCCAAUAGGCCAGGCUGUCUACGGUCAACUGGAAUAACACCACCUGAGUUUGGGUUGCAGUUGCGACCAAGUCGGUCAAGUGACGGCCCAGUUGUCGACUGGAAUUGGCUGCAUGAGGCACCACACCUGCUAACGUUCCACAGAGAUCAGGUUCUAGCGGUCUAUCUACGAAGGCAUGGACAGGCGAGACCGAAUUUCAGCAGCUGGGUCAAGAAAUCCGAUCAAACUGAGGUGGGCAUUUCCUUAAUUUUCAAUUGA